AACCGGAGAGGAAGAGGAGGAUGACGGUAACGGAGGAGAGGACGAGGACGUGGAUUUAACUCUGGUGGAAGAUGGAUUUAACGGAGUGGUCCUGAGGCAGACUCACCGACCGAUGGGGGACCGACACCGGCGGAGACUCGGGAGCCUCCCGGUGAAGUCCCGGGUCUCCAAGGAGACCAAGCUCCGGCUGCGGGUCAUCUUCCUGGACGACAGCGAGCGCACGUUCGAGGUGGAGCAAAAGGUUUUAGGAGGCGACUUCUUCAACAAAGUGUGCGGCCACCUGAAGCUACUGGAGAAGGAAUACUUCGGCCUGGAGUUCAGACACCACAGCGGAAACUACGUUUGGUUGGAACUGCUGAAGCCGCUGGUCAAACAGAUCAAAUACACCAGUGAUCUAUUCUUCAGGUUUAUAGUCAAAUUUUUCCCACCAGACCCUGGACAGCUGAAGAGAGGCCUCACCAGGUAUCUUUUUGCCUUACAGAUAAAGCAGGACUUGUCCAACGGCAGUCUGACCUGUAACGACAACAGCGCCGCCCUGCUGGUUUCUCACAUCCUGCAGUCAGAGCUAGGGGAUUAUGACGAGGAACUAGACUGUCACCAUCUGGAGAUGAAGCACUACGUCCCCAACCAGGAAUAUCUGGACCACAAGAUCAUCAAGCUCCACAAGAAAAACAGAGGAGUUUCACCGGCAGACUCAGACAUCCACCUGCUAGAGGUGGCCAGGAAGCUGGACAUGUAUGGCAUCCGACCGCAUCCUGCCCAUGACGGGGAGGGAAUGAGGAUCAACCUGGCCGUCACACACUCCGGAGUUCUGGUCUUUCAGGGAAACACAAAAAUCAACACGUUCAGCUGGGCCAAGAUCCGCAAACUGAGCUUCAAACGCAAACAUUUCCUCAUCAAACUGCACGACCAAGUUGGGCCGUCCUGUAAGGACACUCUGGAGUUUGCCAUGGUGAGUCGUGAUGUCUGCAAGUCCUUCUGGAAGAUGUGUGUCGAGUAUCAUGCCUUCUUCAGACUCUCUGAGGAACCAAAGGCCAUACCCAAAACCCUUCUGUUCAGUAAAGGCUCCAGCUUCAGAUACAGCGGUCGGACCCAGAAACAGCUGCUGGAGUGUUUGGGAUCAGGGGAGAAGAAGCCGUUGCACUUAGAGAGGACUUACUGUCAGUCCGACUUUGAUCCCAGACAUUGUCGAUCUUCCCCUGAUCUCCUCACUGACGUCUCCAAACAGCUGUACGACCACACUCACCUGUUCCCCCGGUCGACUCAGGCUCUGGCGGUCCGCAGUCAGGACGUGUUGGAUCCACAUCACCGAGGCGACAACUACAUCGAAAUCACCGCAAGAGGGGCUAAACGCAGCCAAUCAUCUGUAGAGGUCAACCAGAGGUCCCGCCCCGUCUCUCAGGUCACGCCCAUCUCUCCAUCUUUCCACCAAUCAACGCCCUCGCCGAAAACCAGAUCUGCCUCCACGUCUUUGAUGGAGGAUAUGCGGGUGGGACAGAUCGGGGCGCAGCGACAAGCCCAGAGGCUAGCUGGUGUCUACGGUAACCGGUCCAGACGUCGGCCCAAUCCACAGCCACAUCCGGAUGCUGCCCAGCAGCUGGUUCUUCUGUACCCCAACAGCCCCGCCUACCAGUACCGCCCCGUCCUGCCAUCCUUCCCGUUCGCCGGUGCCUCUCCGCUCAACCGACACCCCUACCUGAUGGACUAUGUUGCCGUUUCCUCACUGGAGCGUUUCCCACAUGCAAGGAGGCGGGAUCAUGUGACGAUGGACGGUCUGCUGCGGCCAUCUUUCCACCCAUUCGGCCACAAUUCGCCAUCUCUUUCCCCCAUCAGGAGGAACCUCCGCCCCUCCGGAUCAGGCGGGCUGGGAUUGGCUCGGGUCUACCAGCCGGGUAGCAACGGAGCGAGGCUAUUGGGCAUCGGACACACGGAGGCGGGGCAUUAUAGUGAUGAUUCCAACUUCCUUCCAGGCCUGCCUCGCCGCGUCGCCAGCCAACCAGAUGUCAAGUUCCAGCUCUCAAGGAGUUCAAACCCUGCCUUUAACCCUGCCUCUGAGUUCCGUCCCCUUGGUUACUACCCCCACCUGACCCGCCCCUCCAGACCCACCUACCUGCCGCUAAACUCCUCCCCUCUACCUGAACGCCCCACUUCGCUCUGCAUGAUUGGCGGCAGCACUGGAAGCUACAGCGACUCGGACCCGGAGGUUUUCUAUCCAUAUUACUGCCCACCCCCCCAGCUGGGGAAGGUGGUACGGUCCACCGGACUCGCUAGGAUGAGGUUUUCUUCUGGGAGCCUCCAACUGGACGAGGAGGAAGAGGGGGAGGAGGAAGAGGUAGCGAACAGAGCAGCGAAGGAGGCGACGAAACCAGAGUUCAAGAGUGAAGAGGAGAAGAAGGAAAAGAGCGAAGGGGAGGAGACGAAAGGACCAACAGAGAGAACUGAAGUCACGCUGUAGCUAAAGACAAAAAUAUGUUAUAGAAGAAACAUUACGAUGGUUCAUGAUGUGAUCACAGUCAAAACUUACAGGACGGUUUAAAAUCUUCCACUGCAGACUGUAGCUGAGACAGUACAUGUGAUAAAUGUGUGAGAAGUGUGUUGUUCCGACAUGUACUGGCAGAUGAAAUGUUUUUUUUUUUUUCCCUUCUUUUAGGAAAACCUCAGAUUCGGAAAAGUGGCUGCUGUUAGUCGCCACAUUACGGGUGCAAGCUUUCAAACUUCUGUGAAAUAAUGCUUAUAAGUUUAUGCAUUAGCUUUCAAGCUGAGUGUAAAAGUUCAAAUGAACCAAAUCUUGAGCUGUUGGUGCACCAAAAACACAUUUUUUACACUUGAAGACUUUUUGGUUGGUGUUAGAUUCCAAGUCUCAGGAGUAGAUUCUGGAGUAAAGAGAGGUAAAGGAUACCCAUUGGAUGGUUUCUAUGAUGGACUUGACUCCAGCCUUAAGCCUUGAUUAUAUUGUUCUGCAGUCAUGCACUCAUGUACUUGGUUGUUGUUAUUCUACUACAGUCGGCUUAGAAGACAUACUGAUGUACAGGGAGUCAUCGACUUAUGUCAGAGUUCUGUUCCGACUGACUGAUGUAGGUCGAUUUUCGCUGUAAGUCUGAACUCUGGUGAAAAUGUAACCAAAGCCGUUCUGUGCAUCACGAUAUCGAUCAGUUCUUUAUAAAGUCAUGAAUACCAACGACUUUCAUGCAUGUAUGAAUCAUUUUACUAGAAGAUAACAGAAUAUUGUAACGGACUGAUAGUGUUGUUGAUGUUGAGGUUUCAAUGUUUAUUGUUCAGUUCCAGAUUUACCUGAUGUCAGUGAACAUGCCAUGUUUAGUUAGCUCACCUCUGAUUGGCUGAGAGUCAGCAGUAGAGAGAGCUGGGAACGGCGGCUAAUUCUGGAGCUAAGUUAUGGGGUUUUUCUAGUUAUUCUGGUGUUGGCUACGGUCCACAGUAUCCUGUAUGAAGGUUCAAUAAACCAGCAGAGAACCAGAUAAAGUCUCACUCAUUCAUCACAGAGGGUCACUACAAUAUGUUGACCUGUUUUUACAACUUGACCCAUGUUGGUCAGUGUUUCUUCCUGUUCCCAGUUUUAUUCUAUUUAAUUUCACUUCCAUGGAGGCGGCUUUCCUUUUCUUCCAAGCAUCAGAAGAGUCUGACUUACGCUGGGAGCCAUAAUGAAGGACAAAAAGUUAGUGAAUGUAGCACAAUCCAAGGUGGAGUACAACCAGAGAAUGGAAACAAAGCUGUUUGAUAGCACCGUGUGACGACGUAUUCAUCGGCUCUGAUCGUCAACUAGUUCUAUGUAACGAUGAAACGCUGUAGGUCGAGGACAUCCUAAAACGAGGACUUAUUGUAUUCUGAAAAAAACACUACUGCCCUUGUCGCAUCAGCAUGGACACAAACUUUGGACGGACUCUGGCAAAGGGGUCCAUGCAAACUCUUGCAGAUUUGUGGAGAUGACAAAAUUAUCGUUACUUUCUUUCGAACUCUUGCAAAAGAAUAAAACCGGCCUUAGUCGAACCAGUUAGCCAACUACUCCUCAGUGUUGGAAUCUUACAUUUACCAAGUCUUCUGCUGGUCGGGAUCAAAAGCAUUACCUGAGGCAGGAAUACCUCACUGGCUGUACAGUACUGUCAGGGUUUCACUUUUGUAGCUUUCGAUAUCCAGUCGAUCUGUAACGACAAUAAACUACUCACCAGAACACUUCCUCUGACCACAACACAAGGAAACAUAAACACAAAAACUUCAGCAAUCAGGCCUAUGAGAAACUAGAAAACAAGAAUUAAGCAAACAUGACAGCUUCCAAACAGAAUCCAAUCUAAUGAGCUAGCUUGCUCAUUGGAAUAUGAGAAACAUUUCAGACGUUUUACCUACAAAUAAAAUGGCAUUUAACCUGCUUAAAUCAUCUACUUGGUAACAAACGGUCUGAUCUUCUGUUUGAUUUUGUUUAUAAUCACAUUCACCACAUUCCAAAUCAUCUCACCAAACCAACGUCGAAGCUACAAAAAUAAAACCCAAGCUAUGAUAAAUACACAUUAACUGUUAGGCCCUGUUUGUCCAAUUAGUGAAAAUGAUUGAACCAGCUUCACCACAGUUGAAAACAACAUUUUUAAGGCUUAAAUAUGAAGUCUCCAUGUGUACGUGUGAUGCCGUCAUAGAGUCGGAGAUCUUAUCGAAUACCUUUCUAAGUGGUGUAGUGGAAGAUUGUAUUGUUAACUUUAUAUAAAUGAUGAAUUCUACAGGGAAAGAAAUGUGAAUACUGUUGCAUUUGUCAAUAAAGAAGUACAAAUAACAAGAUAACUGUG